UAGAAACAGGCGGUGGUGUUGUUGGCGUUUCACACAAACAACGUCGCGUGGAAAUGCCAGUUUGCAACUUCUUCCUCCAGGGACGGUGUCGUUACGGCGAAAAAUGCUGGAAUGAGCAUCCGAGGGGAGGAAACCGAGGAGGAGGAGGAGGAGGAGGAGGUGGUGGUGGAUACAACAGCAGUAACUACAACCGCUCCUCAGGCCAACAGCAGCCCCGAGGAGGAGGUGGAGGGUUUGGAAACAGAGUUUGGGUGAAUCCUUCCCAGCAAAAAGGAGGCUACAUCCAGGCUUCAUCAUUCUCCUCUCAAGGAAGCAAUGACUGGGGGGGCGGAGGAGGAGGAGGAGGAGGGAGAAGGGACAACGUAAAUGCGUCCGAAUUCAGCUUCUCCUCUCAAAACAGAUUUUCAUCUCUUGGUACACCGAGCUCCUUUGACAGAGGUGGAAGAGGAGGGGGUGGUCAGCAGCUGGUGCCUGGGGAUGAAGAUGAUGACAAAAAACUGGAGCUCAUUCAGAUGGACAUGGAUAUUUGGGAGAGUUCAGGACAGUGGGGCUUCUCAUGUUACUCGAGCACCAAGGCAUCUAUAUCUGGUUUCACUGAUCUCUCUCCUGAAGAGCUCAGGCUGGAGUUUUACUCAACGAGAGCUUCAGGAGAUCUGCAGAGCUAUAUAAAUGGUGUCAACCAGUUACUCAACCAGUGGAGAAGCCGACUCCAGGAGCUGAAAGCUAUGAGUCCAGCCACACGCACGGCCUUGCUUGCAGAGUUAAACAACCCGACACCUCAGGCAUCUUCAGGGGGCUUUGGUUCGGCGACUGGAUUUGGAUCCUCUUCAUCAGGCUUUGGAGGAAAAGGUUUUGGUGCUGAUACUUCAGCCCAGGCCAGCACUUUCAGCUUCGCUGCUCCCAGUGGUGGAUUUGGUUCUUCUGCAGCGCCAUCGUUUGACAGUGCCUUAGCCGCUCCCACACAGCCUCCUACUGGGUUUGGUUCCUCCUCUUCCACAGCCUCCUCUGCUGUCUCAGCUUCUUCUUUCUCCUUCGCUGCAACAACUACAAGCACGCCAGCAGCCCCAUCCGGAUUUGGCUCCGCCUCUGGGUUCAGUUUCUCCUCCACAGCCACCACAGGAGGAGGAUUCGGGAGCAGUUUUGGAGCUCAAGUACCUUCAGCAGCAGAAAGCAGUAGUGGGUUCGGUCAGACUGCUCCACCUGCAGCAGGAGGCGGGUCGGCUGGUGGAGCGAUGGACAGUCUGUUUUCAGUGGAGAGCGAACUGACUGCAGAAGAACUGAACCAAUUUAAGGCCAAGAAGUUCACGCUAGGCCAGAUCCCUUUAAAGCCUCCUCCAGCAAACCUGUUAGUUGUAUGAGUGAUUCGGGGAAAAAAAAAAAACAGUUUUUGAAAUAAAAAGUUUAUUUAUACAACGUAAAUAUUUGUUCAUAGUAUCGAGCAAUGCCCUGUUGUUUCCUCAAGAUCACAUCUAAAUUCAAGGCAUUCUCUUCUGGAAAACUCUGUUUUAUCAGAAGAUAAUGAGGUAAAUAAGUGGAGAUAUUAAGAAAACCACCCAAAUUUACAGUGCCACCUUUAAAACCAAAGUCAUAGUACUUUAUAAAAAUAUGACUAAUGUAAAGGGAAACAUCUUUUUGCUAUGUGUAAGGGGUUUUUGCAUGUGCAGAGAAUUUUUUAUGUACAGCUGCUCAUCUACAGAGCAUUUUUUACAUUUAAGAUUGCAGCUUGUCUGAUGCAUAUCUUUUAGACCAGAUUGUUUCGAAUCAUUUAGCCAAUUUAACAUAUUAAUUUGAUGACAUGCUGAAUGUAAAUGAGCUGUUAUGGAGCUUCAUUUCUGACUAUUAUGAAAUAAUGAGAUCAGAUAUAUGGCUAAUUUUGUUCUGUAUUACAACAUAACAAUAAAAUUUAAAAACUA